UUGACUCGGUACCGGUACCCGCUGUAGCUUUGUUAUUAGAAUUGUUUUACUUUAGUUUAUUUAGUAAAUAUUUUUUAAUCUCUAUUUCUUGAACUGCGUUGUAGGUUAAGAGCUUGUAACUAAGCAUUUCACGGUAAGGUCUACUACACCUGUUGUAUUCGGCGCAUGUGACAAAUGAAAUUUGAUUUUAUUUGUUAGAUGGCUCGCUGGCAGAUCCUUGGUCUCCCAAUCCCACAGUGAACCAGUUGUCUAGCCUCACCUGACCUGGCUGUGCUUCCAUGGAAAUGGUUGAGGAUAGGAUAUGAAAAAAGAAAAGGAAUCUUCCUAUAUGCUUUCAAGUGUUCAUAGAUGUUCAAUAUCAGAGUUACUGUACUCGUUUUCAUGUUGUACCGCACUUGUCCUGUCUGUAACAUUGCUGAUUUGUAAUAAAGUAUCCAUUUGUGUAUUUUUAUGAUGAAAUGUUUAUCCCAGGCUCUGGUAACUGGGAAAAGUUUUCUACCAGUGGAAAUAUUAAAUUAUAUGACUCAUGCUUCAAGAGAAACAACCCUCAAAUGAUACUGUAAAGGCAAAAUGUUCUUAUCAUUCUCCAAGUAUGAACACAAUGUGGGACAUGUUCCCUCAAAAAUAUGAGUGUCAUUGUGGCAAAAACAAUAUAUUUAACUGUGAUGUUCUUUUUUACUGUGUACAUUUUUCAAAGUAGUCAUAGAGAUGUGUGGUUGGGUAAACUUUGAAAUCAAUAUUUUUUGUUUGGCAUACAUUUUAAAGUGAAAAAAAUUGGAGUCUCAGCAUAAUUCCAAAAACGUGGAAUUGCCCACAAACAAGAUGUUGUCAGCAAGGCCAGACUCAACCAACAUGGGGCCAGCCAGUGGAUUGUGUUUGCUGUUCCUGUUUGAGAGAUCCCCAGAGCCCUAGACUACGAAUCAGGUUUGAGGAGUUAGCGAGGUUACUUUGGUCAACUCAGGAUAACCAGUGCCACAAAGGUGGCUCACCUUUUAGCCAGGUACAUUUCUAUAGCAACGAAUCCUUCAGAACUAACCUGCUCCGUAGCAGGCUAACUCUAUUUAUCCACAAUGAAGUGUCUCAGCCACGAGUUGAGGACCAAUGAAAUCAGAUACCCUCCCUCUCAGAAAGGUUUGAGGAAUAUGACGGAUUACCUUCUUUAUGUUUUAUAAAAAAUAAAAACAAAGUAUUUUGUUAAAAUGCCUAUCACAUUACACAUUUAGUAAUGACAGGCUUUGAUUGGCUGUUACAUCUACACUUGCUUGUUUACCGAGAACCCACCGUUUCCCCCUUCAUAUCCCCAGAUUCUGUAAGUGCUAAUGAUCCAAUAAUAUGACAUGACUCAUCUGACAGUUACAGGUUUUCCUAUGACAAAAUGUAACACAACAUGCAGUGAUGUUUUUUGUCCCGUUGUGUCCCGAUACACUACGAGGGUGUAGAGUACAUUUAGUGUUUUUAAGUUCAUCCUCAGGAACCUCCUGAAGAUUUGUUUGUUGUGAAAGCAGCAUCUUUGCAUCACUGAUGGCAUUGCUGUUUGAAAACUGUCUGAAGAACAAUCUGUGUAAUUAGGCUUUCUCUUUAUCAAAAGAGGCUUGGAUGGCUGCGCUCCAGCAUUUUAUCUGUGGAGCAUGAAGCGUGUGUGUGUGUCACUGUUGCUGUGCAUCUCCCGGGCUGUGCUUCAGUGCCAGCCUCUCAGACAAGGCUCAACGGUGCAGCCAGUAGAGCCUGCCAUUGUUUAUUCCCUGGAGGAAGCCACUGUGGGAGUGGCAGGGUCCCCGUGGUUACUGGUCUGUGUGGAUGUUAUGGGCACAGGCCUGGAAUUCAGACUGCAGGCUGAGAGAACGCAUCUGUAUGCCGGUUUGUCUGAGCUGAGGGGUUGGAGAGGACGGUAGGGCUUGGUUUUGUUUUUCUCCUAUCUCGCUUUCUCUAUCGCUUUAUCUCCAGUGAGUUUGUGGGGGAAGGCUGGCAGCCGGUAUUGUAUGCUGAGUGCCUGGCUGCCCGGGGCUUGGCAGUGCACAUAGAGCUGCUCUGUGGCUCAGCGCUCUCUCUCUCUCUCUCUCUCUCUCUCUCUCUCUCAGCGCCCUGUCUAUCUCUCUCAGCGCCCUGUCUAUCUGCUGUUCCUCUUUUCCUCAUGCUGACACCUAUCUUCAGCUCACCCAUUAUUACCCUUAAAGGAAAACGCCACCCAAAAACUAUAUUUUGGUAUUUGUCCAUUGUUGAUAUAGUCCCUAAAUGUUUUGCAUGUCAGUUAAUCAAGUUUUCAAGAUGUAAUUUUCAAAAUACAGAAAUCUGGCCCGUAUGAGGCAAGGCAAACUUCUCGCUUACUCUCUUAAAAGACCUUCAAUUGAAAAAUGUGAUAUUUGUUUUGCUGUUUGUCCAUCUUGAGACGCCGUAACAAUUUGAUUACUGCCCUGGUUUUUAAUAUCGCCAAGUGCCAUGAUCACUCUGUCUCAUUUUAGUCUUGAGGCACUAAAUCGGAUAAUACUGGCAAGCUUUCUGAUUAGGUAAUUGAAGGGUGUCCAUUCCAGUGACUUUGAGUGAAACUGGACAACAGGGAUGCCCCAGGACAAAGAGAGAGCCGACCGCUGCACCCCCAGCCAAUCACACAACUCCCACUGCCUUUCCCAAUCUUCUGAAAAAGUAAUUACCAAGGUCUAUUCUCAGGCCUACGUCUGGGAAUUUCCACACAACUGUUUUGUCGUUCACCACCAGGAGCUGCCAGUGUACCACCCCACGCCCAGUCAGGCCCGCAUGGCCAGCCAGCUGACUGAGGAGGAGCAGGUCCGCAUUGCCCAGCGCAUUGGCCUCAUCCACCACCUCCCCAAGGGAGUGUACGAUGCUGGCAGGGACGGCUCCGAAAAGAAAAUUAGAGAGUGUGUGAUUUGCAUGACGGACUUUGUGUAUGGGGAUCCCAUCAGAUUCCUGCCAUGCAUGCACAUCUACCACAUGGACUGUAUAGAUGACUGGCUGAUGCGCUCCUUCACCUGCCCCUCUUGCAUGGAGCCAGUGGAUGCUGCGCUGCUCUCCUCCUACGAGACCAACUGAGACACAACACCACCCCCCUCACCACCACCCCUGCUCGCUAUUCUGACUUACUCCCUUACUCCACCCAUCCUUCCAUCUCCAGCACCCCGACAACCAGCAGACAGCACUUCCAACAGCCUGGAGAACCAGGGUCUCUGGGGGCAAGUGAGGGCUGUGUGGUGGUGAUGAAGGGUGCUGUAGAGGGUUGGUGGAGGCCAUGGAUGGAGAGGGGUCCUUUGCUCUGAGCUGGCCAGGUCUGCUGGACAGGAAAGCCCCGACUCGGGAAGGACGUUGGAUACUGGUGAUCAAGAUAAGACCGUCUCGUGUCACCCUCCAUCCACACCCAGAAUUCCCCUCUCUCUCACUACCACACUGUUGUAGUAAAUGCCCUAGAAGGGAGGGGAAGGAAAGCAACAGCUCAAAACUCUCUCUAGAAAUACUGAUAUCUGCAAAUAUUUUCUCUCCUCGUUGUUUUCAACUCUGUUCCAGAAGUCGUCUUAAGGGCUCAGUGGAUUAAAUUUACUAACACAGAUAAGCAAACGAUUAAUGCACAUGUACACAAGUCAGAUGAACUUGCACUUCUAUUCUAGUCUCAGUGGAUGAGUUCAGCAUAUGCUUACAAAUGUUUGAAAAUUAUUUCAGAUUUUCCCCAUUAUUUAGUAUCUGCAACAUGAAAUGUUUUUUUUUCAAGCCAUUGUAAUUCUUUCAGCCCAAUGGUAAGGUCUGUUUUCCUGAAGUUGACAUUUUAUUCUUAAUUGGGGAGUUUCUUAGACUAAUGAUGGAUCAGUAAAAAAGUGUUCCUUUUGGAUGAA